AACUCACUGGCUUCCCUCUUCACCUCCAACAUAACUCGUUUUCCAGUCUCAAUUUUCCCGGAAAAGCAGCUGAUCUCACUCAUGGAAGCAGAGAACAACAACAACGCCGGGAGCGACUCAGACUCUAACUCCGUCGAAGAGUGGCAAGACUAUUACGAACCGAUCUCAGCCGUCGAUCUAGACGGCGGAGAUAACAAUGAUGAAGAAAGUUAUCUUCCGAUCAAUGGAGAUAAAUUCAGCAACGGCCUCUCUAACGGCCAUUGUAUGAUCCAAGAAGCAGUGGACGGAGUCUCUUCUAUCAGUAUUAACGGAAACGCAGAGGCCAAGAGCGAUACCGAAGAAGAGACGGAGACGGUGACGCCAGAUUCGGAGAUCCGUACGGCGUUUGAGGAAGACGAGCGGCGUAGAAGGUCGCCGUUGUUGGUGGAGAACGCGGCUAGGGUUAUGGAGGCAAUGCGUGCCAUCUCGUUCCCUGGAACGGCUCCUGAUUGGGCCUCCGAUGUUAAUGAGGACCGUUGGGUUGAUCAGCUUCGACGAUUGAGAUCCACUUCUCAGUAACUAAAAACAGUAUUGUUCAAAUCUCGAGUAGUUUAUUUUCGUUCAAGUGGUUUAAGAUCUUUCUCAGUAUGGUUCAACAUUUGAAUACCAUUUGAUUCUGAUGUUUCUGUUGAU